UUUUGAACCAUGUCUACCCUAAGAACUAAGAAAUCCCAGUAUUGCAAAAAUGGAGUUUUACUUUCACUUGCUCUCAUUUAUACUCGUUCGUGCUUCCAAGUCAUUCAGUCUGCAGGGUAAGACGGAGGAGAGAUGGCAGACCGUUCGGAUGAAGCGACCCCGUUAAUUAACAACUCACCACCCCGGAUAAGUCAUGGAAAGCUCUACCUUGCGGUGUUUUCAGCGGUCCUGGGCAAUUUCAAUUUCGGAUUUGCUUUAGUGUUCCCUUCCCCUGUCAUCCCUCAGCUUAAACAAGGAGAUGACACUCGGCUGCAAAUGAACGUCCAUCAGAUAUCAUGGUUUGGUUCAAUUUUCACUCUUGGAGCGGCUGCAGGGGGUCUCAGUGCCAUGUUUCUGAAUGACCGAGUCGGAAGAAAAAUAAGCAUCAUGAUAUCAGGAUUACCGUCUGUUCUUGGUCUCCUUGUGAUGGGAUCUGCACAAAACUUCUGGAUGUUGUUAUGGGGCAGAUUUCUGACUGGUAUCGCUGGUGGCAUCACUGCGGGCUCCAUUCCUGUGUACGUGUCAGAGAUCUCCCACCCGUCCGUAAGGGGUGCGCUGGGUUCAUGUCCUCAGAUCACUGCCGUAUUUGGAAGUCUAGCGCUCUACGCUUUUGGCCUGAUUUUGCCGUGGAGGUGGCUGGCUGUGGCUGGGGAAGUUCCUGUUGUUAUCAUGAUGCUUUUGCUUUGCUGCAUGCCGACCUCUCCACGUUACCACAUCAUGAAAGGAAACAGAGCUAAAGCUGUUAAAUCACUAGAAUGGCUCAGAGGGCCCAAUUCUGAUUAUAUGACUGAGUUUAAUAAGAUCGAACGCAGCAUCACAACUCAGGGUGUACAAUGGAGCGAUCUUAAAACAAAAUCAUACUAUAAACCAAUCCUAAUUUCAGUCGUCAUGAGAUUUCUUCAGCAAAUGACUGGUAUAACACCGAUUCUGGUAUAUCUGGAGCCCAUAUUCCACCUGACAGCUAUAUCGCUGGAACCGAAAUAUGACGCAGCUUUAGUAGGAGCUGUAAGAUUGAUCUCUGUUGCUAUUGCAGCCAGUUUGAUGGACAAAGCAGGCAGGAAAGCUCUACUCUUCACUUCAGGAUUUUUGAUAUAUAUAGCCAUGCUUUCAAUGACCAUGUACACCCACCAAACACCAUGCAGCCAAGGGAAUCUUACCCUAACAGACGGCCUGAAUAUCUCUUCUGAAGUCCAAGCGGGGGCUGCUUUUGAUCCAAAGACUCUAAUUCCUCUCAUCAGUGCUAUGGUUAUCAUUUUUGGUUAUGCUAUGGGCUGGGGUCCAAUCACAUGGCUGCUAAUGUCAGAGAUUUUACCUUUGGGUGCGCGUGGUGUCGCAUCCGGUUUGUGCGUUGGUGUUAGUUGGAUCACAGCCUUCGUCCUGACGCAACUCUUCAUGCACGUUGUGGUCGCCUAUGGACUGUAUGUACCUUUCCUGUUCUUCUGUGUGGUCUCUGUAGUGAAUAUAAUAUUCACUGCUAAAUGCGUGCCGGAAACCAAAGGUCGAACUCUGGAGGAGAUUGAGAACUACUUCAGGACUGGCAGAAGCUUCACCAUUCAUGAUCCUUAAAACGUCCAUAUGCUGGAUUCAGAAGGUGACACUAUUGAAUCUACACUGUAGAAAAUAUGUUAAAUCACUGUGUCUGUAUUUUGUGAUUCACAAGUGUUUAUCAACGGUUGUGAAUUGCAUUAUGAGACGUUGAUCUUUGCUCUGUCGACUUUUGGUGUUGAAAAUUCAACUCUACACUCUUUAAUGACAUUUUAGUAGUUUGAACUCAUAGGUUGUUUUUAAUCACGUGGUUCUGGUGAAGUGUAAAAUCCAGAUGGAGGGCAGGAAGUAAAAAACUGAAUGGGACUCAUAGAGGAAAGUCUGUAUUUUUCAAUAGUAUCUGGAUGCAGCCUUUAUGAUGCAAGCUGAGAUUGAAUCGCUCAGAGAUGCAAUGUCAGACACAAUGCACUCAACAGAGCUAGUGACGUUACUGUGAGGGUUAGGGGUGGGUUUAGGUAAGUGCAUUAAAAAGCACUGGAUGCAUCUCAGAUUGCAUCUGCACCGAGUCUGCAGCCAGACCCCUCUCAGGUUUUUUUGCGGUUUAUACCAUAUUUUAAAUGAGAUAUACAAUUGAAGUCAGAUUUAUUAGCCCCCCCUGAAUUAUUAGACCGCUUGGUUUUUUUUCCCCCAGUUUCUGUUUAACGGAGAGCAAAUUUUUCAACACAUUUCUAAACA